AUGCAAGCAAUCAAAAUAACCUCAUUUUCUGCAAGCCUCUCAAACCUCCAUUCACAAACAAUCCCCGAUCCACUACCCCCAGGCCCCAACGAAGCGCUGGUAAAAAUCCACUGCGCAGCCCUAAACCACGUCGACCUGCUCUACGCCCAGGGCAAGCACCAAAAUAAUACAUCCCUAAUCCGUCCCCCGUUUACUCUUGGCCUCGAAUUUUCCGGCACAAUAAUCGCCAUUGGCGAUUCCAUAUCUUCGUCUAGUAAUCCACUGUCUGUUGGCGACAGAGUUUUCGGCGCCAGCCUAGGUGCUUUUGCAGAACGCAUCGUCGUCACCACCCACUCCAUCCACCGCAUCCCAUCUGCAUGGACAUUUGAGGAUGCCGCGGGUCUUGCCGCUACCGCGACGGUGGCGUAUGGGGCCGUAAUGGUACGUGGAGGUGCGAAGGAGGGUCAGUGGGUGUUGGUUCAUGGGGCUGCAGGAGGAAUUGGAGUUAAUGCGUGCCAGAUCGCGAAGGCGUGUGGGGCGCGGGUUGUUGCUGGGGUGAGGAGUUUGGAGGAUUGGGAGAAGGUGGAGAUGCUGAGGGGUCUCGGUUGUGUGGAUGGAAUUGUAGAGACAGGUGGGAAUGUUGCCGAUGUUGGUGCUGGCAAUGACAGCACGGGUCAGAAGGGUGGAGAGAGUUGGACGGGUGAAGUGAUGAAGAUUACAAAAGGCAGAGGGGUGGACCUUGUGAUUGAUAAUGUUGGGCUCGUCAAGGAGAGUCUGAGGUGUUUGAGACCCAUUGCGGGGAAAAUUGUGCUUGUAGGGUUUGCCGGGAGGGAGGGCGUUAUGGAGCAAGUGUCUGUUAAUAGGAUUUUAUUGCGGCAGGCCGUUGUCAUUGGAUACCGAUACGGAGACACGAAUCGCAAAGACCCGAGUGAGACGAAACGGAUUUGGAAUGGGCUGGCAGCUCUCAUCGAGUCUGGGGCUAUCAAGCCCGUUACGUAUGAGAAGAGGUAUCGCGGUCUGAAAGAGGUGCGAAAUGCCAUGGCAGACUUGAAGGCACGGAAGAUAUACGGGAAGGCGGUGAUCUAUAUUAAUGAAAAUGAAACUGAGAGAGCUGCACUGUGA